GGGAAGUAGUGUGGUACACGUUAGACAUCGAGGAGAGUUGAGGAGAAAGAUGAGUGGAAUGACCUCAUUCAACAACAGCUCUUCGUUGUCCAAUGAGACAAAAAGCUGUGAUCCAGUCACCACCGUGUCCUAUCUCUUCUUCAUACCCAUCCUUAGUUUGGUGUGUCUGGUGGGUUUACUUCUCAACAGCUUCACCAUGAAGUUUUACUUCUGUCGAGCUCAUCAUCGGGUAUCCAGCAGCCUGACGGUCUACCUGAAGAACCUGACGGCUGCUGACUUCCUGCUCUGUCUCAGCCUGCCCAUCCGCAUCACCAACUACGCCAUCCCGUCCGUCACCAUCCAUGUGCUCUACUGCAGCAUCGGGGCUUCUGCACUCUUCCUCAAUAUGUACGCCAGCAUCCUCUUCAUGGGGUACAUCGCUGCCAACAGGUAUCUAAAAAUUGUUCAUCCUUCAGGAACUCACGUCCUACAGACGGUACGAGCCGCCCACAUCAUCUCCGGGGUCACCUGGGUAUUCCUCCUGAUCCCUGCGAUCGUUUACAUCAUCCUCUUUAUCAUCGCCCAGAAUCUGACCUCUAACUCCACCCAGUGCGAUUUCCAGGUCAGCCUGCUUGAUAAAAUAGUCCACGUCAGUGCAAUCAUCAUCUUUAUGUUGGUCCUUGUAUCCCUGGUCUUCUUCUACUACAGCACCUCCCGCAGGGUGUUGCUGGCACAGCAGAGGCAGCUGGCCUCCUCGGGCUCCAGAAAGUUAGUGAAGUCUCGCAGGAACAUUUUAGUGCUGGUCAGCAUCUUCUGCGUUUGCUUCGUCCCGUAUCACCUGGUUCGGCUUCUCUAUACUUUUCAGUGGAACUGCUCUGUGAAGCAGAUGCUAUACAACCUGAAGGAAGCGACGACAAUAGUGUCAGUUCUCAACAUCUGUCUGGAUCCGCUCGUUUACUUUUUCCUUUCUAAGGCUUUUCGGGCCCAGGUGAGGAGGAGGACGCUGUCCAGGAAGAAACGGGUCGACAUCCAACAAAUGAACAAGGAAAGCGAGAGCAGCGAGGAGCAGCUGAGCAGCAGCAACAAGCCAAACCAGUGAGCUACGAAGAAACAUUCAGCCUUUUAUAACACGCUCAGAUUUGCUAUUUGUUUUUAACCUCAAACACUCUUCCACCGACGUGGUGCCAGCGAUCAGUGUCUGAAAGACUGAUUCAAACUUUUAAAACAACACAAAGGACAUUUGAAUUGAGCGUUUUUAUUUUAAAGGACAAAUGAAAGGAGAUUAUGUCCUUAUUGCUUUUGCUUUUUAUAAUAUAAUACCUGCAGGUUUUCUAAAUGUUAGUUUAUAGUUUUAUUUCAUUUUGUUUUGCUCUUAGAAAACAUUUAAAGUUUAAAGUCACGUGUGCACUGAAUCCUCCCUCCAGUAAUCCUGAGCUGCUUCGUCUUCAUUCACUUUGAGUUCACACAGCAGCGGCUCUGUGUGUGCUGUGUCUUUUGUCUUAGUUGUAUAUAAAGAUGUUUGUAUGUCUGUGGAA